AUGCAACAAACUUCAUCUCCUUCUGCCUUCACCCAACAUCACCACUAUUCCCUUCAAUCGGUUCAAGUUUCUUCCUUUGAUUUAUCCAAGAGAGCCGUCGAAAGUGGUCGAAUGGAUCCCGAGAAAUUUGACCAAGAAUUUUCUUCAAAUCCUUCAUCAGCUUCAUCUUUAAAUGAAUCAAAUGAUUUGAUUGGACAAUCAAUUCCAAUUUUUGAAACUUCCUUCCGAAGGGAUCGUUAUCAGAAAAUUGUUGAACAAAAAGGAUCGAGUUUGAAUUUGUGGCCAAAUUUUGCAAAGUUUUAUCAAGCAAGAGAUUUUAAAGCUGGAGAAUAUAAAACGAUUAUUGAAAUUGAUUGUAAAACUUCAGAAAGUCCAUCAUCAUUCUUAAUGUAUUUCAUGUCUAGAUUCAAUUCAUACUCUCAUAAAUAUGUAGUUCCAAUCCUAGACACAUACAUUACAAAGAAUUCCUGUUGUAUUGUUACUCCUUACUACACUCAGGGAAGUAUGCUUCGUUUACUCAAGACAAGAUUGGAAAAGCAGAAAUUCCUCAAAAUUCAACAAAUUUUGUGCUAUUUUUCUCAAUUAUUGGAAGCUAUUAAUUAUAUUCAUACUAAUUUAAAGACAACUAUGUAUGGUGGAAUUUCCUUAGAUAACAUUUUUAUGGAUGAAACUCUGGAGAAUAUUUCCUUGGGUUAUGUUGGAAUUCACAUUCAUACCAUGAAUUUAUAUCUGAACAAUUAUUUCAACAAGUCAGAAUUGUCCAUGCUUGGUGGAGCCAACUUGUUGCAAUCAAAAUCAGAAACGACCUAUAAUUCCAAUAACUCUUCUGAUGAUCUCGAUGAAAAGCAAGUUGAUAAUCCAGAACAGCUCACUAAAAACGAUGAAAUUAAGGAAAUUAUUUCCAAAUCCUCAACUACAAAUGAAGAACUAGCUGGAUGGCAAUAUUUGGAUGUUUAUGCUUGUGCCAUUUCAAUUUAUCAAUUAGUGACACUCUCCCUUGAUAUGUCCUCUGAGGAAUCUCAAAAUAUUGACAAGAACUCAAUUCAAGCCUCUUAUACCUAUCAAUUAGUAAGAACUUUGCAACAACAGCAACAAUUAUCAGAAGAAGAAUUAUCAUAUUGGAAGGAAUAUAUCAAAAAUAAGAUUGGAAGAGUAUAUCACAAUAAGAAACUCAUCAAUUUAUUAACUGAAAUGCUCAAUAUCAGUCAAUCCAAAUUAACAGCUCAAAUGUGCAUCAAAUUACUGAAAGAAAUUCCACCAGAAGACGAUGACGAUGAAGAAAAUGCUCACUACUAG